GAAAUAUCCCUUCCUUCGUGUGGUCUUUCACACGGUCGAUCUUUCUGUUCCUGAUUUCUUCCUUCCUUUCGACUCCAGUCUACGGGCCCCGCGCCCUCUCCUUCUCUCUCCCCAAACGGCGGUGCGUUCGCUCUUCGCCGGUCCUCCCUCGGCGUCCGCGUCGCUGACUCUCCGUCCUCCGUCCAUUUCCAAAGCCUCGAUCUUGGCUUUUCUUCUUAAUGAAGACAAAAUAUGGAAAAAUAAAAGGUCUUCCACUCCUCCCACUUCUCUCUCGCGGUCCCCGGCGUCCCCCUUCCUCUUAUUCAAAUUCCCUCCCCCACCACGUCUCCGAUCCCACCACAAACCCUUCUCUCUGACUUGCAGUGAGGCAGUGAGAAUCUGUGGAUGAUUGGAAGGAAGAACAUGGCAAAGGCUGCACCAGUAUUUUUGGUUCUGAUUUCCCUGGGGUUUUUCCUCGCAACCUACAACCUUGUAACGACGGUAAUCCAAAACCAGAGAAGGGAGUCAUCGAGAGAGUUAAUCGAGGUGAGGUCCCAGGAUCCCGUUGUUCAGAUGCCUGAUGAGUUGAAGAAAUCGAUGGGACCGAAGCGGGCCUUCCAUGUGGCUCUCACGGCGACGGAUGCGCCUUACAGCAAGUGGCAGUGCCGGAUAAUGUACUACUGGUACAAGAAGAUGAAGGACAGGGAGGGGUCGGAGAUGGGAGGGUUCACAAGGGUGCUGCAUUCUGGGAGUGCUGAUGAUCUGAUGGAGGAGAUCCCUACCUUUGUUGUCGACCCACUCCCGGCUGGUAUGGAUCGGGGUUACAUCGUCUUGAACAGGCCUUGGGCCUUUGUGCAAUGGCUGGAAAAAGCAAAAAUUGAGGAAGAGUAUAUACUAAUGGCUGAACCAGAUCAUAUCUUUGUGAAGCCUCUGCCAAACUUGUCUCAUGGCAAAUACCCAGCAGCAUUCCCAUUCUUCUACAUUAAACCAUCUGAACAUGAAAAGAUAGUAAGGAAGUUCUAUCCAGAAGAAAAAGGUCCAGUAACAAAAGUUGACCCAAUUGGCAAUUCUCCUGUAAUUAUUCAAAAGUCUCAGCUGGAGAAAAUUGCUCCUACUUGGAUGAAUGUCUCUAUAAAAAUGAAAAACGAUCCAGAGACCGACAAAGCUUUUGGAUGGGUGUUAGAAAUGUAUGCAUAUGCUAUUGCCAGUGCAUUGCACGGAGUGCAACAUAUUCUUUUUAAAGAUUUUAUGAUACAGCCUCCUUGGGACUUAAAGGUGGGAAAGACAUAUAUCAUCCACUAUACUUAUGGAUGUGACUAUUCAUUAAAGGGUCAACUAACUUAUGGAAAGAUUGGGGAAUGGCGAUUUGACAAAAGAUCAUAUCUUCGUGGCCCACCACCAAGAAACCUUUCCUUACCCCCUCCAGGAGUUCCUGAAAGUGUGGUUACGCUCGUAAGGAUGGUGAACGAGGCUACUGCGAACACUCCUGGGUGGGACAGCGGAAGAUAGUGAUAUUCUGAGAGAGGCGCAGUUUAAGGAAUUAGUAGUUUGGACAAUUUCCAUCAAACACAGAAUCCUCGGAAGAGAAUACAUACAGAUCACAGGUUAAAUGCUUUGUUUAUAGAAGAUGAAAACCAAAACCUGACGUAUUUGAUGAGUUUCAAAAUAAGGAACUCUCCUAUCAUAUUGAGGCUACCAUUGAUUGCCGGUGCGUUUUUAGAUUUUGUUAGUGAGUAUUCUUCAAUGGAGUUUUGUAAAGUAGAAUCUUGUCAUUGUUGGUAGAGAUGCUGCACUUGGUACACAGUGGAGUUUCACUCUUAACAUCUUUUGCAAUUCAAAGAUCAGCAUUUUGAAGCUUGAAACCUGAGGCUGGGAUAAUCUUCUCUGCAUACUUCCGCAUGUGUUUGGAUGCUUGAAACUACAGUGCAUGUGAUAUCCUUCCCCAAAUGAUGUUUGUUAUCUGGAAAACUUUGGUUUGGGAGACAAGGGCCUGAGUGCCCUCCAUUCUCACCCAUAGGGAGUUAAACGCAGCAAAGGGCUUUUCAGCAACUCCAAAAGGCUGAUUGCCAAACUCAUGUUAAGGUUGUGAUGGCAUCCUGGACAACUUUUACGUUCCCUUUUAUACCUCAUUUGUAUAUUGGUAUCAGACUCUAUAUGCCACUGUCCAUGGAAUGGAUUUCAUUGCAUUGCUCCAAUAAA